AUGUAUUGCCAGUCUUUCUUUCUUUCUUUCUUUCUUUCUUUCUUUCUUUCUUUCUUUCUUUCUUUCUUUCCAUCCGGGUAUUGGCAGUCUUUUCGUUCUUUUCAACUCUCCGGAUAUCGCAUUUUUUUCUUUCUUACGAUUGACGUAUACUCUAAUCAUCUUUCUUUCUUUCUUUCUUUCUUUCUUUCUUUCUUUCUUUCUUUCUUUCUUUAUUUCUUUCUUUCUUUCUAUUUGGGUGUCGCCUGUAUUUUUUCUUUCUUACUUUUUACGCAUACUAUACUUUCCUUUUGCCCUUCUUUUCAUUCUUUCUUUCCUGCUUUUAACGUAUCCUGUAAUCACCAUACUUUCUUUCUCACUUCUUCCUUUUGUUUUUUCUUCUCUCUUUUCACCUAUCUUGUAAUCGGUAUACCUUCUUUUUUUUUCUUCUUUUUUUUUCUUUUCACCUAUCUGGAUAUAGCAAGUCAUUUCAUUCUUUCUUUUGAUUUGUCCUGUAAUCGCUUUUCUUUCUUUCUUUCUUUCUUUCUUUCUUUCUUUCUUUCUUUCUUUCUUUCUGCCUAUCUGGGUAUCGCCAGUUUUUAUUUCUUUUUGUUUCUUUCUUUUUCUUUCUUUUCACUUAUCUGGGUAUCGCAUGUCUUUGUUUGUUUGUUUGUUUCUUUCUUUCUUUUCACAUAUCCUUACUUUCUUUAUUUCCUAAUACGUUUUUUUUUUUGUUCCAUGAUUAAAAAUUCUUUCAACAUUUCAUUCAUUCUUUCUUUCUUUCUUUUUUUCGCUUUUCUUCAUUCCUUUCUUUUUAUGUUCAUCUUUUAUUCCUCGUUUAUUCACAUUAACUUUCAUUUUCAUCCACUUACCUACUCUUUCGUUUGGCAUUCCUUACAUUUUUUUGGUUGA